UUCAUGAAGCGCACGUACUGUAUUGUUAAAAAGACAUUGUGCUUUAUUGAAGUUUUGUAAAUUUGUAUUUAUUUGUAAAUUCGAAUACUCACGCAUGCAAGACCCAGCGCAUCGAAAUGUGAGUUUUUUCCCAUCAUCCUCAAUUUUACCGUCAUUAUUAGUAUGUGUACACGUAUGCAGCGCUUUAUAAUUAUUGAACAUCUUCCGAUUUUAAGCGUCAUUCUUAGUGUUACACUGCUGAAAAUUGUGAUGAAGUUACUGUUAAUUGCUCGUUUUUGAGCUACGCUCUGACGGUAUCUGGUGUAAUUUUUAUUACAUUUCAUUAUGAUGUGUACCGCAUUCGAAUUAUCUGGAUCAAGUUUUAUUUCAUUUAACAUAUCACCUUAUUACGAGGAUCGUUUUGAAUUCUGUGAGUCGGUUGUUUACAUCCCCAAGACGCGAUCAUGGUGGAUGUAGUUUAAAAUCGUAGUCAGCCAAAACCUUCCGCAAUCCUUUGAAGUAUUUAUGGUGUUAAGGAUGGUCUAUCUCUAUGCUCUGCGCACUCCAUGAUUGUUUGGUGCAAACGUCAUGUCUGCUUCUUGUUUUGCUAGUAUAUCGUAGAGGAACGGACCCGACCAGGAUCAAACCAAAAUCCAAACGUGCGAGAGCGCAGAAUAAGAAGUGUUACUCCUGCCUUUUCGGUCGUGAACCGGGCUGCGACGAUAACGACAAAUUGUCAUCCUCUCCCAGUAUUCAAAAAGUGGACUGCCCACCGAGCAGCUUUUGCACCGUCCGUUCCGAUCCGGACGUGGCAGGUGGAAAGUGGGGACGAGAAUGCGUUUCUGGGGGCGCUAACAUUAUCUCGCCGUUGCUGGAUCUCUUCGAUCGCAAAUGGCCAACCGGUGCCAGUUCCGUAUGCGGAAUCUCACCGUAUAAUCAUGGCAAGAUAUGUUUCUGCCGGACUGAUUUGUGUAACAGCUUCCUUGGAACUGAUCCCGAUGUAUCAACAUUGUUCAGCGGUAAAGGUUAUGGGUUUAUUAAUAAUGCCGGUAAGCCGGUUUAUUACGACCCCAAUAACAAGCCGACGGAUGCUCCGAAUUGGGGCCCGAUAAUUCCCGGCGCUAGCGGAGGCGGUGGGAGUGGCAGCGGCAGUGGUGGAGGUUCCAGCGGCAGUAGUGGAAGCGGUGCAGCUGGAAGUGGCGCAGGUACGUCGGGUGGCGGUGCUGCCGGUGGUGGCAGUGGGAGUGGUGGAGCCGGUAGCGCUGUUGGUGAAAGUGGGACGGGCGGUGGUGGUGGGGAUGGCACCGGCGGUGGCGCGGAUGGCAGCUCAGAUGGAACUGGCAGUGGCGGGCAGGGGGCCGGCUCUAAGGGCACCGGAGGUAGUGGUAGCGCGGGCGGAAGCGGUAAAGCACCUGGAUCUGGCGAUGGCACGGGCGACGGAACGGCUGGCGAUGGUGGAGGCUCUUCCAACACAAUGAUGAUCGUGGGAAUCGCAGCUGGGUUGCUUGUGCACAAAAUCGUUACGCACUGCCAUCAAGAAUGUAUUAAAGCAAUCUACUGGGCUGCAGAUUGGAGGAGCGGUGGGCGGUUAUAUGUAUUACCGCAAUCAGCAGAAAAAAAAGAAGGAGGAAGAGGAAGAUGAAGAAGAGGAGGAGGAAGACUAAUACAGCCAUUUUCGUUGAGUAUAAAUAAAACUUUAGAAAUUGUGCGACCGGGUACUCUAACUUCUAUUCUGUUUUGUGGAAUUGUGGGGAUGACGGUUUGUUAUUACUUUUAAACCAAUGUUUUAAUUUUUUUCUCCUGCUGUUAAUCGACAGCAACCAUAGCCAUAUUAAUUAAGGACAGCCAGAAGCAGUUUCGGUGCAUUCGAACGGAAUUAUUUUAUGACACUUCCGAUCACUUGGCGUUGUUCAGAGUGCUUUGAUUAAAUUGGUGUCAUUCGUGGUCUAGGGACGUGCAUUUAG